AUGUUGGCAGCUGUGCUAUUGGUAAAUGACGCAGGAUCGUACAUAGCUAGGCCCCUGAUGGAUCUGACAAAAGAGAAAGUAUCGGAGGCAGUGGAGUCAUUCCUCCAUGCGAAGAUAAAGGCAAAAGAGAGCACCUCUGCGCUAGAAACAAAAAUAGGCAACUUCUUCUACCAAGAGAUAGACGAUGUGUAUGUUGUAGUGCUGGCAGAUAAAGAAGAUGCGAAGAUAAUGGAGGGACUGAAAAUAGUGGAGGUGGUUACUAAGUCAGUCAUAAAGAGACUGAGCCUCACAGAGUCCGAGAGCGAGAUAUUCAGCAUUAUCUGCGCAGUGGAUGAAAUAUUCACAAGAGAGGGCGUCGUGAACAGAACAGUUGAGGAGAUAAUGAAAGCUGUGAGUCUGCAAAGCAACGACGAAAUACUGCACCAGAUGAUUUUGAAGAGCAAAGAAAAAGAGAAGGAGAAGGCAGAGAAAAUAAGAAAAAUGCACCCAGGGAUAGACGAGCUCACGAAGGAAAUAGAAGAAAUAAAAAUACUCAGACAAGACUUGAAGGUGCCAAAGCAGGAGAAAGCAAAGAUAAAGACAGAGCAGAAAAAGCAUAGAAGCAUUCUGGAGACAAUGGACAAUAAGAUAAACAUAGUCACACAGCAGAAGCACAGUCUAUCGAUAAACUCGACAACAGAAGCAUCAAAGAUAGAGGGAGUGGGAGAGCUGCACAUAAAAAUAACCGACAGUGAGUACGCAAACAUAAAAAUGAACAUAAAAAACAAGCCAAAACAAGCCAGAGCCCAUCCUUCUGUAGAUAAAAAAGCAUUUUCAAAGAACGCAAUUAUUCCCAAAACAGAAAUACCGAUAAACACAUCGCUGAUUCUGAUGAAAUGGACCCUUGAGUCGCCGUCCAUGCCAAUUGAAGUCUCCUUCUGGCAGACUGAGAUAUCGGAAGAGCGGUACAAGUUCUUCAUAGAGGUGACAGCGCUGGAGAUCGAUGUAAAGAGCAUAAGCAUAAGAAUACCGAUCAAAAGAGUUUCAGACAUAGAAAUAACUAACGGCGCUGUAGAAGGAGACAACAUUGUAGCAGAGAUUAGCAACCUGGAAAAAGACGACUCAAGCGCAGUUGAAUUCACAGGGCUAUGCGAUGACACCGACUCACUGUUCCCCUUCACUGUAUCCUACGUAAUAGAAGAACAGAACACAAUAGCGCCCAUAGAAAUAUCGGGAAUAUAUGCAGAAAAUGAAACAGAGACCAUCGAUGAGGAGUACAUUUCUACGGCAAGAGUGAUAGAAGGAGAGUGCACAGUUGUCAACAACUGA